AUGGAAAGGAGACGGGUUCGGGGGAGAGUGUGGUCGGGCUCGCUCUGGGAUGCCGUGUACCGGUACCGAUCUGUCCAUAUCUUUUCGAGUGCUGUAGCUGGUACCUGGUACGGAUGCCGUGAUUUGUAUUGUUGGCCUGGAGAUUGUGGCGGGUUACGACGAGACUGCUGGGCUUUGUUUCCGCGUGCUCGAGCAAUUCGUCUGUCAGGAACCUACCUGUACUUGUACCGUACUAUACAGGUAGACUAAAGCUUAGUCUAGUCCACUUACGGUGGCUCCAGUCCCAGGGAAUUGUAAUCUUGAGGGACUCUUUCUUUUUCCUCCAACCCUCCCCGCUUCCCCUUCUCCCCUUUAUUUUUUCCUUUGGAGACACUCUCUCGUCACUCGUUCAGGGUGUUGGACAACCGCCCUGUUUGUUUGUUCAAUUGACCGUUGAACUCUUUACACUCUUUUGUUUUUCCCCUUCUCCUUCCUUUUCACACUCUUUUCUAGCAAUUCUCUACCUACGGUAUCAUACCUUCAACGGUUCGGCAUUGUACUACUACUACAGUACAGGU